GUUAUGAUCACAUACUUAUGUCUUGAUGAACAUACCCAGUAAGAUUGAUAAUGUACUUUUCUCCAGAUAGCUAUCAAUGAAGCUGCAAAAGAUUGGGGCUUGCAAUGUCUUCGUUGUGAAACAAGGGAUAUAUCUCCUCACUGUGGUGUAAAAGAAGGUAUGGGGAUGCAGGCAGAAGCUGAGCAGAAAAAGAGAGCCCAAAUUCUGGAGUCGGAAGAAGAAAGACAACCAAGUGUUAACAUUGCUGAUGGAAAGAAGAGUUCCAUGAUGUUGGAAGUUCAGGGAGAAGCAGAGGCUAUUUUGGCUAGAUCUCAAGCAACAAAUAAAGGAGUUGCUUUGGUUUCUCAAGCUCUUCAAGAAAAUGGAGGAGUUGAGAUACAUUUUCUCAUGAAUUGAAAUAUGUCUCUCACAAGGGAUGCCAUUCUUUACUUCAAGUUUGACUAAAAUAUCAACGUGCCAAACUAUCGGUACUAAGAAUAUGGUCAAGCAAGCGAGUAAGAUUGUUAUUAAGGCUC